CUGAAGUUCAAAGUGAAAUCGAACGGAUUUUCGAAUUAGCAAGGACACUGCAGUUGGUAGUGCUUGAUGCUGAUACCAUUAACCACCCAGCUCAACUAAGCAAAACCUCUCUGGCUCCCAUUAUAGUAUACGUAAAGAUUUCUUCUCCUAAGGUUUUACAGAGGUUGAUAAAAUCUCGAGGGAAAUCUCAGGCCAAACACCUUAAUGUUCAGAUGGUGGCAGCUGAUAAACUGGCACAGUGUCCUCCCGAAAUGUUCGAUGUAAUUCUUGAUGAGAACCAGCUUGAAGAUGCUUGUGAGCACCUUGCUGACUAUCUGGAAGCCUACUGGAAGGCCACACAUCCACCCAGCAGCAAUCCUCCUAACCAGCUUCUCACCCGCACACUUGCAACAGCCACUCUUCCUAUUAGCCCAGGUCCAAAUAUUAAUUUACAGCAGGGAUCUCAAGGAGAGCAGAGGAAUGACCAUUCGGUCCCUGACCGCAGCGGUUCACAAAUUGAAGAGGAAGCGCGGGUCGAGCCCAGCAAGAAAUCCCAGCAUCGCUCUUCCUCCAGCCAACACCACAACCAUCGCAGUGGUGUUAGAGGCCUUCACAGGCAAGAAACUUUUGACUCAGAAACACAAGACAGCAGAGAUUCAGCGUACGUAGAGCCAAAGGAGGACUAUUCACAUGAGCACGGUGACCACUAUGAUUCUCACAGGGAUCAUAAUCACAGAGACGAGUCCCACGGGAGCAGUGAUCACAGACACAGAGAAUCCAGGCAUCGCUCAAAGGAGAGGGACCGCGAGCAGGACCACAAUGAAUGCAACAAACAGCGCAGUCGUCAUAAAUCGAGGGACCAAUAUUGUGACAAGGAUGGGGAAGUGAUAUCAAAAAAACGUAACGAUGCAGGAGAAUGGAACAGGGAUGUUUACAUCCGUCAGUAA